ACUUGCACCAGAUACUUUUAUAGCACUGUCCGGCUCCAAUUUGUUAAUAAUUUUAUUUUCUGCAUUCCAGAAAGUGUGGAUAUAAACGGUCAUCAGCCUUUGCAGUUCAUUCAGUUUACGAAAGUAUUCAUAUUGCAUUUCCCUUCCAAGCUCCGCAGAAUUUGAAAAAACCCAUAAGAUGGCUGAACCUAUUCGUGUUGUUGUCACUGGUGCCGCUGGCCAAAUUGCUUAUUCGCUGUUAUAUAUGAUCGCUCGAGGUGAAGUUUUUGGCAAGGAUCAGCCUUUGAUUUUGCACUUAUUAGACAUCCCUCCUAUGGUGGGUGUUUUAGAAGGCGUGGUCAUGGAACUUGCCGAUUGCGCCCUUCCUUUACUUCGUGAAGUCGUACCCACCACCGAUCCUGCUGUGGCCUUUAAGAACGUGUCAGCUGCCUUCCUUGUUGGUGCCAUGCCUCGUAAAGAAGGAAUGGAACGUAAAGAUUUAUUGUCUGCAAAUGUUAAAAUUUUUAAGGCACAAGGCCAGGCUUUAGAUCAAUAUGCAUGCAAAGAUGUUAAGGUAUUGGUUGUUGGUAAUCCAGCAAAUACUAAUGCCGUUGUUUGUUCCUUCUAUGCUCCAUCGAUUCCUCGCGAAAACUUUAGCGCUAUGACUCGUUUGGACCAAAAUCGCGCAAGUGCUCAAGUAGCUGCUAAAGCAAAAGUUCCCGUUAGCAACGUGAGAAAUGUCGUAAUCUGGGGAAAUCACUCAUCUACCCAAUUUCCGGAUGCCAGUCAUGCUGUCGUUAUAGUUGGUAAUGCACAAAAAUCAGCUGCAGAUGCCAUUGGAGAUGGAGAAUUUUUGAAGGGUUCGUUUGUUGAAACUGUUCAGAAGAGAGGAGCUGCUGUAAUUGCGGCAAGAAAAAUGUCUUCAGCUAUGUCUGCCGCUAAGGCCGCUUGCGAUCAUAUGCAUGAUUGGUGGAACGGUACUGCCCCGGGUCAAUUUGUUUCCAUGGGUGUUAUUUCCGACGGAAGCUAUGAUGCACCAAAGGACGUUAUCUAUUCGUUUCCAGUUGAAAUCAAAAAUAAACAAUGGAAAAUAGUGCAGGGAUUGUCUAUCGAUGAUUUUGCCAAAUCAAAAAUGGCCAUAACAGGCAAGGAAUUGAUGGAGGAAAAAAAUGAAGCUAUGGCCGUUUGCAAUGCAGAUUGACUAUCCGGACCAGCGGACUCAAAAUUGUAAGAGAUCAGUUAAGUCUUUAGGCUUUACUGUCAUCACUAUUACACGACAAUUUUAGAGGUAGAACCGUGUAAAACCCAUAUUCGACCAUCGCAACUACUGUUAUUGGAUUUUUUCUUUUCCCCUUUAGUAAUAGAUAUUUGUUAUAUUUAAAUGCAUCAUCGUAUAUAUCAUAGGUGGUCGUUCGUGCAGAACGGUUUCUUUUCGAAAAGUUCUAUAGUUAAACUUAGUGUAACUUCUUUUGGAAAAUGUACAUUAAAUAAGAAAUUCAAUCCCAGCUUGUAAUUUCAAUGUUUUGUUGAUUGUUUUUACAUCACAAAUAAAAUUUGUGUCCAUGUGGAAGUCUUUAACAGAA